AUGGAAAUUGCUAUGGCAAAAGGCGAGACGUUUAUUCGAAGCUUUCUAUCGUUGCCUGACGAGCCUGAGACGGCGUUUUUCUGGUGUGAUGGAUGUCGAGCCGAGAUCACCUUUGCGAGUGAGAUUUGGACGUGUCUGAGCGAAAGUGGAAGUAUACAGCUAGAUGAUAAGUGCUACAAGAAGCUCAAAAGGGAAGGUUGGGACCUGUGUGUAGUAAGGAACAUGAACACUAUUGGGUGUCGAAGCGAAAUGUGGAGGAGAUUGAUGCGGUGCCAGUGGGCUCUGUCAAGCUGA